AUAAUUUAAUGAAUGAGUGAAUAAAUAUUAAAUUGAAAAUUUUAGAAUUCUAAUUCUUAUUAAAUUAUUAGUAAAAUUUAAUUUUUGAUACUUUCAAAUAAUUUAAUAAUUCAAACUUGAUAAUUAUUUGGUCAACUUGGGGGUAGAAGGAUUGUUUUUAGUUUGAUCGAAUUAAACCCUCCCUUCUGGAAAAUAAAAACACUAAACCCUCCAUUUCUCUCCGCCAUCGAAAGCCAUGAUCAUUAACAAGCUAAGCCACCUAGCCACCGUUACCACCGCUACCACCGCAGCUGUAACGGCGGCGCCACCACUCUAUCGACUUCUUAAGCUCACUGAUAGCCUAUUCCAUGGUGCUGCGCAGCCGCAACCUGACACCGACUACUGGUACUACUACCCACCAUCACAACAGGAGUCUCUUCGUGACGAGCUUGUUCGUUCAACUCCAGUGGCUGACACCGAUGGCUCCGUCCCUCUAAGAGGAGUGCAGUGGGCGUUCAUCGGAAGCCCACGCGCCAAGAAGCGCGUGUACGCUGUAAUGUUGUCGAAACUUCUAGAAGUUCCCCAUAUUACAAUGGCGAGCCUUGUUCGGCAAGAACUCAGCCCUAACUCUAAUCUUUACAAACAGAUUGCAAAUGCAGUUGAUCAUGGGGAGCUAGUUAACGAGGAUAUUAUAUUGGGGUUAUUGUCGAAGAGGUUGGAAGAUGGGCAUUACAGAGGUGAAACUGGCUUUAUUCUGGAUGGAAUUCCUCGAUCACGGACUCAAGCUGAGAUUCUGGAUCAACUUGCUGAGAUUGAUCUUGUAGUGAAUUUCAAAUGCACUGAAGAUUUAAUGAUGAACAAUCAAGGUGAAGCUUCAUGGACUGAGAGACUCCAAGACUAUAUCAAACAGAGUAAGGUGGUAGAAGAAUAUUACAAGAACCAGAAAAAGCUUCUUGAGUUUCAAAUAGGCAAUGCAUCUAUGGAGACAUGGCGAAGGCUUUUGACUGCAUUGCAUCUACAACAUAUAAAUGCUGCUUGGCAUUUACAGAAACCGACUGUAAGUUCAAGUUUGCCCUAAACUCUUGAUUGCAGUGUUUUCAGAACCAGACCGGCUGGACCGGGAACUGGCUGGUAGAUUGGUCCGGAACAAGGCUAAAAACUGGUUGACCCAUGAACCGAUACAACACUAAUUGAACCAGAUUUUAUAAUUUUUUUUUUAAUGUAUAUGAAUUUUUAAUAAUUUAUUUGAUUUGAACUAGUUGGACCGUGAACCGGUGACUUUUAACGGUUCGACCACUUGUUUGGUUCCGAAAACAUUGUAUAUACUGGUUCAAACUCGAGCAUAUAACUAAA